CAACCUUUGUCUUAAAUCCCUAAAUGUUGUUUUUACUUUAAAUACCAAAAUUACAGACACGUUUUGGUCCUAAACUUUCUCCCUAUCAACAAACCCUAUAAUCCUUUGAACCGAAUACCAACGAAGAAAAAAAAACAUUCUAUUCAUAGCCAUUCACAACCAAAACACCUAACGUUUUCUUGCUAAAGAAGAAACAAAAACCAGAGGAAGAAAAGCAAAAAAAGUAAGAGAAGAAAAACACAAAAAAAAAUAAAACCUUUCUAUUUCUCUUCCUCCUUUGAGCUUUGACCUCUCCUCCAUCUCCCCCACCCUUUUAUGCAACAAUGGGAAAUUGUUGCUCUCACGGACGGGACUCAGCCGAUAACGGAGACGCAUUGGAAAACGGAGCUUCCGCUUCAAAUGCUGCCAAUUCGACUGGUCCAACCGCGGAAGCUUCUGUACCACAAUCAAAACAUGCACCUCCUUCUCCUCCUCCUGCAACCAAACAAGGCCCUAUAGGCCCUGUCUUAGGUCGACCCAUGGAAGAUGUAAAAGCUUCAUAUUCUUUAGGGAAAGAGCUCGGGCGAGGCCAAUUUGGUGUCACACACCUCUGCACACAGAAGGCAACAGGUCAUCAAUUUGCUUGCAAGACGAUUGCAAAAAGAAAGCUUGUAAACAAGGAAGACAUUGAGGAUGUAAGAAGAGAAGUGCAGAUAAUGCAUCACUUGACUGGUCAACCAAACAUUGUGGAGCUUAAAGGGGCUUAUGAGGAUAAGCAUUCCGUGCAUUUGGUUAUGGAGCUUUGCGCAGGUGGAGAGUUGUUCGAUAGGAUUAUUGCUAAAGGACAUUACUCGGAGAGAGCAGCUGCUUCGUUGCUAAGAACGAUUGUUCAGAUUGUGCAUACUUGCCAUUCCAUGGGGGUGAUUCACAGGGAUUUGAAGCCAGAGAACUUUCUCUUGCUCAACAAAGAUGAGAAUUCUCCUCUCAAAGCUACUGACUUUGGGUUGUCGGUUUUCUACAAGCCAGGAGAGGUAUUCAAGGAUAUUGUGGGGAGUGCUUAUUACAUCGCACCUGAGGUUUUGAAAAGAAAGUAUGGACCAGAGGCAGAUAUUUGGAGUAUUGGUGUCAUGUUGUAUAUCCUCUUAUGUGGUGUCCCGCCAUUCUGGGCUGAGUCGGAGAACGGGAUAUUCAACGCAAUCCUUAGGGGACAUGUUGAUUUCUCAAGUGAUCCAUGGCCAUCCAUCUCGCCUCAGGCAAAGGAUCUUGUUAAGAAGAUGCUCAACUCUGAUCCAAAGCAAAGACUAACUGCUGCUCAAGUUCUCAACCAUCCAUGGAUCAAGGAGGAUGGAGAGGCACCAGAUGUUCCUCUUGAUAAUGCGGUGAUGUCCAGGCUCAAACAAUUCAAAGCAAUGAACAAUUUCAAGAAAGUUGCAUUACGGGUGAUAGCAGGCUGCUUAUCAGAGGAAGAGAUCAUGGGGUUGAAGGAGAUGUUUAAAGGUAUGGAUACUGAUAGUAGUGGAACAAUUACACUCGAGGAGUUAAGACAAGGACUUGCUAAGCAAGGUACAAGGUUGUCAGAAUAUGAAGUUCAGCAGUUAAUGGAAGCUGCUGAUGCUGAUGGUAAUGGAACAAUAGACUAUGGCGAGUUUAUCGCAGCCACAAUGCAUAUCAACAGACUUGACAGAGAAGAACAUCUUUACUCAGCCUUCCAACACUUUGACAAAGACAACAGUGGAUAUAUCACAAUGGAAGAGCUAGAGCAAGCCCUACGGGAGUUUGGCAUGAAUGAUGGCAGAGACAUUAAGGAGAUCAUUUCCGAGGUUGAUGGAGACAAUGAUGGUCGGAUAAACUAUGAUGAAUUUGUGGCAAUGAUGAGAAAAGGAAACCCGGAUCCAAUCCCAAAGAAGCGGCGUGAACUUUCAUUCAAAUGAACACAAUUGUUGAAGUAGAGGAAGAGAGGAGAUAGAAAGAGAGUUACACACAGGGGUCGAGAAACUCAUCUUCCUUUCAAAAUGAGAAAUAAGGCAAAGCAAAUAUCAAAGAAAAUUAUUCUAAAGUGGAGGAGAUCUUUAAGGGAGGAGAAGGCUCAAGAAGGAAAACAAAAUCAUUUGGGGCAUUUGGGGGGAGGUGUUUGAUAUAAUGUACAUUUUCUUUUCUAGUUGUCUACUACUGCUUAAAGUGCCAUGGGUUUCUCAAUGUACUUC